GACUCAUUGGCAUCAAAGCCUGUGGGCCCUCGCCAAAGUCGGCCAUAUCAAUAGCGGGCUCCCAGAGGUGCAUUUCAGAUUGUUUUUCGGCGCGUUAUGACCCCUAAUGUGCACAAUGUCCGGGGGCUGUCCGGGUGACAGUGGCGGCAGUUUAUGUGCGAACAUUGAUGUGACUUUUACGGCCGUUCCUGUUCUACACGCUGGAAACACAAUCGAUAUCGAAUUGCCUAGCAUUUCCCGUAAAUAUGGAACGCCUCAAAAACAUGAACUGGAAAUGGAAGUGGAAUAAAGAGGAUAACGGAAAAGGGCCACACAAGAGCGAAGAAAUGAAAACCGAUAACGAACGGUGGCUGGAGUACUUUGCUGCGCUUCUGCAUGUCUGGCCCUUCGAGGAGCUCUGCUCUAGACUGGAAACGGACCCCUACCUGGGACUAAGCGAGGAAGUGGCGGAGCAGCGUCUGUCCCGAAACGGAAAAAACAAAUUUUCUUUGCCUGCCCAGCAGAAGUCGCCCUUGUGGAAACUCUUUGACAACUGUUUCUGCUGCUGGGCAAUCAUCAUCCUGCUGGUUGCGACGAGCUGCUUCAUCCUGCAUCACGUUGGGUGCAAGCCGCAACCGAGUACGACGGUGGACCCAGAGUACCUAAUAGCGGGAAUCUUUCUACUUCUCAUUUUGCUGAUUUCGGCAGUGUUCAUCCUUUUGCAGCGGAACGACGAAUCUUCGGUGGUCAGGGCAUUCGAGGAGCUGAUGCCCAUGUACUGCACGGUAAUUCGGGACGGCGAGAAGCAAGUCAUCCUCUCCGAGAACGUGGUUCAAGGGGAUGUUCUGGUGAUCUCGUACGGACAGCGACUGGCAGCCGAUUUGCGCUUCUUCAGCUCCAUCGGCCUGGAGCUGAACAAUGUGGCGCUCACGGGGCUCUCCCGUCCUGUGGAUAUCAAUCACCAAAUGAGGGAAGGGCUGCCCAAGCCACUCCGAAGCAGUAGUCUCAGUAGCUUGACAGGCGACUCCCCUUCAACUGAAUUGUGAAUAUAAAAUCAAAUC